AUGACAAGAACACUAUUCUCGAUUUUUCUUUUAAUUCCUGCUGUCUUUUCGGCUAGUUCUACUAUCCAUAAAUUGAGCUCGUUCAAUAACACAGUAGCAACACCGAUAAAGGAUGUUCUGGAUGGUUCCAAAAUCUAUUUAUCUUCUCGAGACAAAGCCGCCUAUCUUGGAAGUAUAACCCUGUCCACUCAAGGAGCAUCUAAAACACUCCUCAAUCUAUUGAACUAUUUCGACGACGCUGGUUUGCCAAGAGGAUGGACAGUCAAUAGUGAUCUAACCAUUUCAACAACAAACUCCGAAGGUCUAACCAAAAAUCUAACUGGAGAGCUUUUAAUUGUCACUCCAACCAUGGCCAAGGAUCCCAACUUUCUCGUUGUUCCCGCUCGAAGCGCUAUGCAAUUGGACAGAAGCACUGCCACGGAUACAACAAUUGUGUUCCUUGCAGCACACAGCCAGAACACAGAUGGAGUCCCAAACUACGCUGGUUUUAAUCAUAUCCGUGUUGAGAACAUCGCACAACCACCGGGCACCACUCUCUCUUUCUAUCGCUAUUUGCCAAAUGAUAACUAUCAAGAUGUGACAAAUCUGGAUACUAUACAGCGAAGAAUAUUCUCGAAUCCACUCAGUUACUUUGUAGGAGGAGCAAUGCAAUCCACAUUUUUCACUCAGAUCGAUCCAAUACAAUUCUCGCAAAGCAGUGUGUGGUUCCGAGGAGUUGGAGGUUUCAAGCUCAAUGUUUCAGAUAGUUAUGGUAAGAAUAGGCCACCAGGAUUGUUUUCAAAUAUAAGUAAAUCGUCUUUCGCAGUUGACACAGCGACUAUUCAAACUGGAGCUGUCACUGUCACUGGAAUGUCUAACAAUCAGCUGGGGUCUAUUAAUAGUCAGGUAAAAUUCAUGUUUGCUGGAGACAAUAGAAUGGGAACUAGUGGAUACGUACUAACGACUGAAUUGUUUGGUGACUCUCACCUAGCUCUUCAACUGAAUGGACAAGGAACAUUGUCUUCCACCGUUCAAUAUAACGGAACGAGUAUUAACAACCAGGAGGCACAAAGUUGGCCAGCUUUAAGCUUGCAACUUAUGCCAAGCAAUGCCUUCAUUGGAAAUUACUUCACCCAAUAUUUCAACACUGAUAAUGGACCAAUCAUAACAUCCGCUUCAUCCACAGCCUCUCCACCACCAUCCGUUUCAUCCAGCGCUGCUCCCAACCCAUCGUCCACUACCAAUAACCCAGGAAAUUCUUCUAGUGCCCCCACAACAUCAUCAUACCAAUCGACUUCUCCAAGUGUCGAAACAACCACCAAAUUCUCGUCCACCUCUUUCAUAAUGCUCUCAGUUAUUGCCACGUUGUUACAUAAUGCUCUCAAUGUUUGA